CGCGAUAUGCGAGCCCUUCUUCGAUGGCUCCGCCUGCUGGUCGCCGUGACCACAGCCGACGCUCAUGGCUACAUGACCAAGCCGACCAAGCGGGAGGCGUUCUGGGUCGAUGGAAUCGUCUGUGAUGCGUCGAGCCUCAACCCCGGCUCCUUUUGCUGGGCCCAGCCGCACAACUUCCAGCAGGCCAACCACCCAUUCACCUUCUUUGCGCCCGAGGUCGCAUCUGGCAUGCAGCACUCCGACGACGCUUUUGCGUGCCACGACAUGAGGGCGGCGGCGGCGCCGACCGACACAAUCACCGCUGGGGCGCCGCUCGCCGUCGAGUGGUACCUGCAGGCAAACCAUCCCGGCGACUGCGCCCUGUACAUCUCGUACGACACAGACCUGGACACUCCACGCCGCUGGAUCAAGCUCAAGAACUUUGUGGGCUGCGCGGGCGACGCGGGGAUGCUGGACCCGACGGUCCCGCCGAGCGGCAUCAACACGGCCACCGUGACACUGCCCGACUGGCUGCCCUCGUGCGACCACUGCGUGAUUCGGUGGGAAUGGUACGCCAUCCACACGGUCGACAUGCAGCAGUACGCCACCUGCAGCGACGUGCGCGUCGUCGGCACCUCCGAGCCGCACGACACCUUCCUCUCCAAGGUGUCGCCCGUGCUCGACCUGGUCGGGGCGGAGCACCUGCGCGGCCCCGUCCGCAACCCGUACGCCACCUGCCCCUCCUGCCCCAACAGCGGGAUCGAGCUCGGCGAGGAGUACAUUCUCGGGCCGCAAGUCGCAGCCUACAGUGCCGACCCAUCUCCCGGCCCGCCGCCGCUGCCGCCCCGCCCGCCACCCGGGCCGCAGCCUCCCCCGUCGCCGCCGCCGCCUCCCUCGCCGCCGCCGCCGCCUCCCGCCCCAGAAACGGCAUGCUCCGUGUGCGCCCACCCCGCCUGCGGCUGCGAUCUCCUCGGUCGACCUUGGUGCGCCGUGAGCCACUGCCACGACCAGCUGGACAGCAGCGGCUCUUGCACGUGGGGAGUCUCUUGCGCGACCGUGACGCCCUCGCCCUCGCCAAACCCCGCGCCACCCCCGUCCCCAUCCCCGUCCCCGCCUCCAUCGCUGUCGCCAUCGCUGUCGCCAUCCCCGCCGCCACCUCGCUCGGCGCACCCGGCUCGUCGACGAGGCGAGCUUCUCGCACACCUUCGCCGCGCCGGGGGACUUCCCCUACUUCUGCGGGCCGCACUCACGCAUGAACGCGAAGAUCACCGUCGUCAGCGUGGCCGCGCCGACCCCUCCGCCUCCGUCCGCGUCGCCGUCGCCGCCGCCUCCGUCCGCGUCGCCGUCGCCGCCGCCUCCGUCCGCGUCGCCGUCGCCGCCGCCUCCGUCCGCCUCGCCGUCGCCGCCGCCUCCGUCCGCGUCGCCGUCGCCGCCGCCUCCGUCCGCCUCGCCGUCGCCGCCGCCUCCCUCGUCCCCCGGCAGCCCUACUUGCGAGGCAGCACCGUACGACCCGGCCUCCAACCUGGCGCUGGGCGACUCGCUCAUGCUCGCCACCUUUGCGUCUGGCGGCACCACCUUUGUCGUCCGUUGCGAUAUUUGAGGACGUGGAGAGGCCCACACCGCUCAUCGCCCGCAGUCGCGUUGAUAUUGCAGAGGCGAUGCCGCAGAGCAUGCUCGACUGGAGGCUGUGGAUAUGUUGAAUACGUGCAGACCUACACGUCGGGAGAGACACCGCAGAUACGGUUGGCGCGGGUUGCUACGCCCGCGCGCCGCCCCUCUUGAGAGUGUCUGCUUACCCGCGCUUCGUACACCAGUGAGAGCCGCCUAAGGCAUGGUGUCGCGCGCGUGUACAAGUAUUCUUUGGCGACUUGUCCUGUCGUGGACGUCGAGGGUAAUGGACAAAGGUCCCGUUAGUACGUUAGAGCGCGCGCUAGUGUGUUAUGCUGUAGGCGGCUUUCCCGCUGUCGUAGUUAGUUGCAAGUUGGUUGAUGGUUCCCGGGACCCCGUCACCCUGGUAAAAGGAGACACAAGACAUAGUCAUAGAGUCAGUUAUCUUUU